AUGGACGUUCCUAGAGAAGGGCAUCGACAGCGUGAUGCUCAAGUUGGAGGAAGGUGUGGACAUGAAAACUGUAUGCUGUUCAGCGCUCCUUUCCUGGCUUCCCCACCAGGUCCUGUCGAGCUGGAUGAAACAAGCGCGGUCCACAACUUUUGCACGUCACAAAAGGCUAUCGGCAGUAGUCAAAACAUAAAGGCGCAUCAUGGCGGUCGGUCACAGCCAUAUAGAUUCUUGAGUCUCAGAAACCCACAGCUGACGCCAUCACCAGCACACCUGCUAGGAGAGGAACUGUACAAGUUGCUCGGGGAGUACCUCUCUCGUCACCUUGACGCGGUAUACAAGGAAUCCGAGGGCCAUGCGGAAGAAGCCCUGCUGGGAUUUUACAUCCGCGAGUGGCUCCGUUACACGACCGCGGCUAAGUACAUCAAUCAUCUUUUCCGGUAUUUGAACCGUCACUGGGUCAAGCGGGAAAUUGACGAAGGCAAGAAGAAUGUAUACGAUGUGUAUACCUUGCACUUGGUCAAGUGGAAGGAUGACUUUUUCAUGAAGGUCCAUGAGAAGGUCAUGGAAGCGGUGCUAAACUUGGUCGAGAAGCAGAGAAACGGCGAAACUAUCGAGCAGUCUCAGAUCAAGAGCAUUGUUGACUCCUUCGUCUCCCUUGGCUUGGACGAGAGCGAUUCCAGCAAAUCAACCCUGGAGGUCUAUCGGUACUACUUCGAGAAGCCCUUCAUUGACGCCACCAGGGUUUAUUAUGAGAAUGAAUCACGCCAGUUUGUCGCAGAGAACAGUGUUGUUGAGUACAUGAAGAAGGCGGAGGCUCGUCUGGACGAAGAAAAGGCCCGCGUGGGCUUGUAUCUGCACCCCGAUAUUUCUAAGCACCUCACUGACACAUGCCUGGAUGUGCUUGUUACCGCUCACUCAGAACUCUUGCGGGACGAGUUCCAGGUCUUGCUGGAUAAUGAACGCCAAGAGGAUCUGGCUCGGAUGUACCGACUCUUGUCUCGCAUUAAAGACGGUCUGGAUCCUCUCCGCACGAAGUUUGAGGCCCACGUCAGGAAAGCAGGCUUGGCUGCCGUGGAAAAGGUUGCCGCCGAUGGCGAAUCCUUUGAGCCCAAGCUUUACGUCGAUGCACUAUUGCAGGUGCACACCCGGUAUCAGAGUCUGGUAAGCGAAGCCUUCAAUGGCGAGUCAGAGUUCGUCCGGUCUCUAGAUAAUGCUUGCCGUGAGUUUGUAAACCGCAAUAAGAUCUGCAAAUCUGGUUCGACGAAGACCCCAGAACUACUGGCCCGGUACACCGAUUCACUUCUCAAGAGGGGCUCCAAGGCAGCGGAGGAGUCUGAACUCGAAGAAAUGCUGGUGCAGAUCAUGACCGUCUUCAAGUACAUUGAAGACAAGGAUGUAUUCCAGAAGUUCUACUCCAAGAUGCUGGCUAAACGUCUCGUUCACGUCAGCUCGGUCUCUGACGAUGCGGAGACCAGUAUGAUUAGCAAGCUUAAGGAGGCGUGUGGAUUCGAAUACACCAACAAGCUGCAGCGUAUGUUCCAAGAUAUCCAGAUCUCAAAGGAUCUCAACGCCAGCUACAGAGACUGGCAGGAGAAGAUCCUCGACGAUGACGAUCGGAGGAAACUGGUGGACUCACACUUCCAGAUCCUGGGAACUGGGUUCUGGCCCCUUAGUGCGCCUUCGACUGACUUCCUCGCGCCACCGGAAAUCGUCAAGACUGCUGAGCGGUUCCAGAGUUUCUACUUUGACAAGCACAACGGCCGUAAGUUGACAUGGCUUUGGCAGCUAUGCAAAGGUGAAAUCAAGACCAACUAUAUCAAAAACACCAAGGUUCCGUACACGUUCCAGGUGUCAACCUUCCAGAUGGGUAUUCUCUUGCUGUUCAACGAGCAUGACACUCUGUCCUACGAGGACAUCCAGAAGGCCACAUCCCUUGCUCCCGAGAUCCUUGACCCGAACCUCAGCAUCUUCCUGAAAGCCAAGGUGCUCACUAUAAACCCUGAGGGAUCGAAGCCAGAACCUGGUACAUCCUUCUCACUGAACUACAACUUCAAGAACAAGAAGAUCAAAGUCAACCUUAACAUCCAGAUCAAGUCUGAGCAGAAGGUAGAGUCCGAUGAUACGCACAAGACGAUUGAGGAGGAUCGGAAGCUGCUGCUUCAGUCCGCCAUUGUCCGUAUCAUGAAAUCUCGCAAGAAGAUGAAGCACGUGCAGCUUGUCCAAGAAGUGAUCCAACAAGUCAAGUCACGUUUCCCUCCCAAGGUUCCCGACAUCAAGAAGAACAUCGAAGCACUUAUGGAGAAGGAUUACAUAGAGCGGCUGGACGGUGAUGAGAUCGCCUACAUCGCAUGA